CCAGUGCACUAACUAGGAGCUUGGCUUCGUUUGGUCCAGCACGAGUAGGUCAGGAAAUCCACCUUGCGUGAUGGGCAUUGACCGUCCAGCACCGCCGUCUCUCAUCCGUGGUGUCGUACUCUAUUUGAACACAAGAAGCACACCCUGCACCCUCCCUAAUCGCUCUCUCUCUCCCAAUCUUCGAGUUUCCUGUUAGAACCGGUGAUUCCUGUCUUCCCGUUCUCCCUCAUCGUGAUCGAAAAAAAGAACAGAACCAUGGCUGGUUUUCCAGGUGCAUCGGAAAUCCCUUGGCUUUCGUUCCUUUUGAUUUUUGAGGCAUGCGUAUUGUCAGUAGAUUAUGUGUUCUUUUACAGCGGCUUGCAGUGAAUUGAAAACCGAAAUAUUCGCUAGAUUAGCGACCACGUGGUUCUUUAGGGUGGAACUGAAUUUGGGCGAAGGCAUUGCGGGAAUCAAUGGUCAACAUUCGCUUCCUUCUCCAGAGCUUGGGUCGCACACAUAGUUCUUUUCGGCUGGGAUUGGAUUAUGCUACCAAUAUAAGGCGUUCACCACUCCCGUCAAUGAAUGGCAUGUCCAAGGUUCCUUUGUUCUAUAAGCCAAUUCUUGGAGCUCGGGGUAUUUCCUCUACAGGGCCUUUGUUGCAUAUUGUGGUGCAGAUGCCUGCAUUAUCCCCCACAAUGGAUCAAGGAAAUAUAGCGAAAUGGAUGAAAAAAGAAGGGGAUAAGAUUGAUGUUGGUGAUGUUAUCUGUGAAAUAGAAACUGACAAAGCAACUCUUGAAUUUGAAAGCCUUGAGGAGGGCUACUUGGCAAAGAUAAUAACUCCUGAAGGCUCUAAGGAUGUCCGUGUUGGGCAACCCAUUGCAAUAACGGUUGAAGAUCUAGAUGAAAUUAAAGAUAUAUCUGCAGAUGCACUAAGUGGUGUUGUUAAGGCUAGAGAGGAAAAACCAGUCCAGCAUGUGGAAUCUAAUGAACAGGAUGAUAACCCUGUUCAUCAAAGAAAUAUCAGCAGAUUUAGCCCUGCAGCGAAGUUGCUCAUUGCAGAGCAUGGAAUAGAUGUAUCUUCUUUGAAGGCAUCGGGUCCUCGGGGCACUCUCUUGAAAGGUGAUGUAUUGGCCUUAAUCAAAAGCAGAGUUGGAUCUCAACAAAUAAGUCCAUCUUACAAAAAUAGUUCGACAUCAGCACAUUCUGCCCAACAAACCACAGCUUCAUCAUCUUCAUCGAAGAAAACCCCUUUACAAGUCUCUGAUGCCUAUGUAGACUUGCAAAAUAGCCAAAUACGUAAAGUGAUAGCGAAGCGUUUGCUGGAAUCAAAACAAAGCAUCCCUCAUUUUUAUUUAUCUUCAGACGUAAUACUGGACCCUUUACUUUCUUUCAGGACCGAACUUAAAGAACAACAUAACGUGAAAGUCUCAGUUAAUGACAUUGUCAUAAAAGCUGUAGCACUAGCGUUGAGGAAUGUUCCUGAAGCAAAUGCUUAUUGGAGCGAUGAGAAGGGUGAGGCCAUCAUAUCCAGCUCCAUUGACAUAUCAAUUGCGGUGGCUACAGAGAAGGGCUUAAUGACGCCAAUUAUAAGGAAUGCAGACGAGAAGACAUUAUCAACCAUAUCCUCAGAGGUUAAAGAAUUGGCUGAGAAGGCACGUAAUGGAAAACUUAAACCUGAGCAGUUUCAAGGUGGGACUUUCAGCAUAUCAAAUCUGGGAAUGUUUCCUGUAGACCACUUUUGCGCGAUUAUAAAUCCUCCACAGGCAUGCAUUCUUGCUGUUGGUCGAGGUUUUCAGGUUGUUGAGCCUGUCAGUGGCAGUGAUGGAAUAGAGAAGCCUGGAGUGGUGACAAAGAUGAGCUUAAAACUGUCGGCUGAUCAUCGUGUCAUUGACGAUGUGGUCGGAGGCAAGUUUCUUGGAGCGUUGUCAUCCAACUUCAGGGACUUGAGAAGGCUGUUAUUAUAAGCAGCAAUCUGAGGUGCAGAUUGGACCAACUAUGCAGUCUAUAUUAAUUUCAAAUACAUGCAUAAUGUCAGAAUGAUAGCUCUCGCCUUUUUAUGCCGGGAUUUUGUAGCUGCAUCAUAUGAAACUCGUUUUUUUUUUUCUUAUUUAUGUUGGAUACAUUUACAUUUUUUUCUUCAUGGUUGUUUGGUGUAUUAUUCACCCCAAGCUUCUCAAUUUUGCACAAUUUGCUUUAUAUUUUCUGAAUAAUGUCUUUACCUUGUCUGCUCUACUUAGACGGCCAUGGAAGAACUGCAGAACAUCUUGUAUUAUUUUUCCAUAUACAUAAAUAUGUUUAGAAUGUUCCAAACAUUUGUGGAAUGUUGGAGGAUUCAAGGAAUUCAAACAUUGUUCAAGUUAUAAUUUCUGAAAUUGUUUUCAGUGUGAUUAGUAAAUUGGGAUUGUU